AUGAUGAGUUCAAGUUUUAAAGUUAUAGGGCUAACAGCACUAGUGAGUGCUAUUGUGACGGGUGGUUUGGUAGAAGUAGUAGGAAGAUAUUUGAGAAACAAUGGAAACCGAUCAGCAGAUGAAGACACUACUGCUUUACAGAAGAAGGAAAAUCUAUUUGGUGGUGAAUAUGAUGAAGAUUUGAUUAGAGAACAAUUGGCGAGAAACUAUGUUUUUUUGGGAGAAGAAGGCGUGAACAAGUUGAGAAAGGAUACGUUUAUAGUUGUUGUUGGAGUUGGAGGAGUUGGAUCAUGGGUGACUACAAUGAUGGUUCGAUCAGGAAUAAGCAAGAUCAGAAUAAUUGAUUUUGACCAGGUCACUUUGUCAUCGUUAAACAGACAUGCUGUUGCCACGUUGAGUGAUGUUGGUGUUUCAAAGGUUUUGACGUUAAAGAAGCAUCUAUUGAAAGUGGCGCCAUGGUGUGAAAUCGAAACAAUCAAUGAGUUGUGGAACUUGGAAACUUCAGAACGAUUGUUGGAAGGGUCGCCCACAUUUGUUGUUGAUUGUAUUGACAACAUUGACACCAAGGUUGAUUUACUAGAGUACUGCCAUAAAAAGAAGAUCAAUGUCAUUUCGAGCAUGGGGGCCGGAUGCAAAAGUGAUCCAACGACGGUUAACAUCGGGGAUAUUUCGAACACCGGAGAGGAUCCGUUGGCAAGGUCGGUGAGAAGAAGAUUGAAGAAACGAGGCAUUGCCUCAGGAAUCACAGUGGUGUUUUCAGCAGAAAAACCAGAUCCAAGAAAAGCGUCGUUGUUGCCCUUGCCGGAAGAUGAGUACAUGAAAGGAAACGUCGAUGAGUUGACGCCAUUGAGGGACUUUAGAGUGAGGAUCUUGCCGGUGUUGGGGCCUAUGCCUGGAAUCUUUGGCUUGACCAUCACCUCGUAUCUCUUGACGUACUUGACCGGCUAUCCCCUUGAGCCCAUUGAGGGCGUCACCAAAAACCGAGCAAAGACAUACGAGGGCAUCUUGCACACCCUUGCCGCCCAGCAGUCCCGGCUCGGGGGCCAGGAGCAGCGCGUGCCUCUCUCACUCAACGACGUGGUCUACGUGGUGGACGAGAUCUUCAGGGCCAAAUCCGCCAUCUCCAGCUAUUCCACCAGGCUUGCACUCUCGCGCUGGGACAUGGCAAAGGAGAUUUCGCCUCAGAACCUUGUACUCAUGACUCGAGAGGAGCAGCUACAGCACGAGCAACGCGUGCUCAGCGGCCGUGAAACACCCGAGGACGUGUAUCCCCCGGAGGUUCUUCAGCGCGUGCAAAACCGCUUUGAGGAAGAGCGUUACUACGCCCGUUUCCGCUAG